AUGCCUUCUUUCAUCACAGAGUCAAACUCUGAAUCAGACAUGUUUACAGCCAUCAAUUCUGAAGAACACUGUGAGUCUGAUGUCUGCAACCGCGAGACGUCAGUGGAAGAUGAGGGGAAGGAGAAGGAGAAGGGGAAGGAGGAGAAGAAGAAGGAGAAGGAGAAGAAGGAGAUGGAGAAGAAGAAGAAAGAGGAGAAGGAGAAAAAGGGGAAGAAGUCUGUGACUGUAAAGGCCAAAACCAUCAGCUGCAAAUGCCAGCGCCCUGCAGAGGAUGAAGGAGAGCUGGGUCUCUUAAUCAAACAGCUCAGCAAGGCCAAGCAGAAGGAGUGGGAGGAGAGUGUCAAGGUCAUAGACCCCAAAGAUAUGGAGAUUGCCCAUUUGCGGGCAGAGAACACGGCCUUAAAGGCCAAAGUCAAGAAUAUCGGGCGCCUCCUAGAGGCAGCGGUUGAUAUGGUGAAGGAGUAG